AUGCCUACACAUGUGAAGGACCAAACGGCGUGGGAAGUUCAGAUGCACGCAUCAACAACACAUGUCAUUGACAAAUGUAUUUGCGCAAACCAAGCAGGAACAGGAAUGACGCUGAAAGAAAUCAGGC